UGGGCAGUCACUCUCAUUUUUACUCACCCACUGGGAAGAUUAGCUAACGCAGAUCCACCGCAGGGGGAGGACGUCUCAUUUCUAAAUCCCAGGACUAACGUUUAACAUUGUUUUAAAAUGAAGAAAGGGUCGUUUUGUCUCGCCACAUUUAUUCGUAUUGUCUAUAUGCGGCUAAUCGGAUUUUGUAUUCUGUACUUCUCACUAGUUGCAGGUUCACAUGCUGAUGAAUGUCCAGUUCAGCUCAACCCAGAGAGAGUUAUUGUGGAGUUCGGCGGUUCUGUCUCAGCCGACUGCAGCACUUCUGUCCAGCAUAAAGGGAUGGGAUGGGAAGCCAGUGAGGGAGCAGUGCCCAAGAGCCAAGACAGUCUGAUCACAUGGAGAGUGUCAAACCUGACAGAAUGGGACAUAAAGCCAUUAUGCUACAUAAACCAUAAGGAACAGUGUACAGUGACUCUCCCAGUGACUAUUUACAAGACUCCAGACAGUGUGUCCAUCAGCACUGUGAAUCACACCGGACCAAUGAUGGAGGGAAACCAGUAUGAGCUCCAGUGUGACGUUCUCAAUGUGGCUCCUGUUCAGAAUCUCACUGUCAACUGGUACAAAGGACAGACUCUGGUGGAUCAAACCAUCUUCACUGACACCAUCCAUACUCCAGUCAGUAAAACAUCUAAACUCCUGAUCCGUCCAGACAGAGCUGAUGAUGGAGCUCAGUACUGGUGUGAAGCAAAGCUGGAACUGGGAGAAGAAGGACCUCAACCUCCUCCAACAGCCCCGUCAAAACAUCUCAAUGUUGAAGUUUACUAUAAACCAAAACACUCCAGUUCAACAGAGACCAUCAAUAUAAAUGAUGAGCUCACACUAAACUGUACAGUGAAGGCAAACCCGUCUCCUACGUACUCAUGGCAGUCAGAACAUCUGAAAGAGACGAUCAAGUCCUCAGUGCUUCUGUCCUCCACACUCAGUUCAGGAAACUACACGUGCAUCGCCUCAAACUCUCAGGGAAGAGACAGCAAAGUGUUCAUCCUCACAUCUACAGGUCCUUCUAUGGAAAAACAUAUCCAGUUGUUAUCAGCGGUUUACUGUCGUAGCCUAUUGCUUGAGGAACCACUGGACAGUCACUCAUCUGAGAACAGUGUCGGGCGACGUAGGCUAUAUUUAUCCACCACUGACCACCAGCCUUUUAAUCGCGCGCCUUUUGUCCGGUCGACGGUUUUCUUGAACACGUUUAAUAUGCUGCAAUAUUUCUGUGGACUUGUUUAUCUCUUUGCAGUUUUAUUGUUUGUGACUCUCACAGGUUCACAUGCUGCUGAAUGUCCUCUUCAGCUCAACCCAGAGAGAGUUAUUGUGGAGUUCGGCAGUCCUGUCUCAGUCGACUGCAGCACUUCUGUCCAGCAUAAAGGGAUGGGAUGGGAAGCCAGUGAGGGAUCAGUGCCUAUGAGCAAAGACAGUCUGAUCACAUGGAACGUGUCAGAACUGAGAGAAUGGGACAUAGAGCCAUUCUGCUACAUAAACUAUGAGAAACAGUGUACAGUGACUCUCCCAGUGACUAUUUACAAGACUCCAGACAGUGUGUCCAUCAGCACUGUGAAUCACACCGGACCAAUGAUGGAGGGAAACCAGUAUGAGCUCCAGUGUGACGUUCUCAAUGUGGCUCCUGUUCAGACUCUCACUGUCAACUGGUACAAAGGACAGACUCUGGUGGAUCAAACCAUCUUCACUGACACCAUCCAUACUCCAGUCAGUAAAACAUCUAAACUCCUGAUCCGUCCAGACAGAGCUGAUGAUGGAGCUCAGUACUGGUGUGAAGCAAAGCUGGAACUGGGAGAAGAAGGACCUCGACCUCCUCCAACAGUCCCGUCAAAAACACUCAAUGUUGAAGUUUACUAUAAACCAAAACACUCCAGUUCAACAGAGACCAUCAAUAUCAAUGAUGAGCUCACACUAAACUGUACAGUGAAGGCAAACCCGUCUCCUACGUACUCAUGGCAGUCAGAACAUCUGAAAGAGACGAUCAAGUCCUCAGUGCUUCUGUCCUCCACACUCAGUUCAGGAAACUACACGUGCAUCGCCUCAAACUCUCAGGGAAGAGACAGCAAAGUGUUCAUCCUCACAUCUACAGACAGAACCACAUUCUGGCCUAUUAUUUUAUCUGUCGUGGCUGUGGCAGUGGCAGUGGUGUUAAUCGUCUCUUAUGUGAUAUUCAAACGCAGGGCUUCCUGGAAUGCUGUCAUUUGAUUGACUUGUAAGAUAUGGAUAGGAUA